AUGUCGUCACAAUACAAGAUAUCACAAAUUGCGGGAGAGAAAUACUUUACGUCAACUCCUACGAGCGAAUGGUCAUAUUCUGGGUAUCUCGAGGCCGUGGAACCUUACAUUAAUAUCAGCACCAGGCUGAGUGCAUUAAAAUCUUUAUGGAAGAAACGAUUUAACGAACAUUUAAAUGAAAUUGCAAAAGAUCGUUCGGAUGAAGAAAAAAAUGAUUCAAAAGCCACUGAAUUCUGGGAUCAAUUUGAAAAGAAACGAACUCUAAAACAACAACAGUAUAAGACAAAUAUCGACAUACAAAUAAAUACUCUAAAAGUGAUGAGCACUGCUUCAUUGUAUCAGAUGAAUGAAUUAUCCAAACAAAUGGAAAUUUCACGUGACAAUGACAAAAAUCUGAAACGUCAAAAUGAUGACUAUAUUGAGAAAGAAAAUUCAAAAUCUUGUAAAGUUGGGGAUGUGAAGAAGCAGGCAGAAGAAAAUGGGAAUAAAUUGAAUGAUAACGAUCACAGUCAGGUUAAAAACCUCUUAAACGAGUUACGUAGUUCAGAAAAAAUGAAAUAUUUAGUGGAAUGUUUUCAAAAAUAUUGUAACGAAUCUGUCAAUGAUUUAACUCGGAACGAAAUUAUGGAUCUUACUCCGUCUUCGGAGUUCGUACUAAGAUAUACGGAUGAAGAUGACUAUAUGCAAGUUCUAGAAGAGACCUUUGAGUCUGUUGAUAAGUUAUUUCCAGAAAGCGCGAUUAAGUUCCUUAAUGAGUUUUUUUCAGAGAAUUGUACUCACGAACAAUGGGAUGAUAAGUUAGAAAGCUUAUUAGAACCGGAGGAUGAUCAAUUUUUAAAAAAAUUGAAAAGACUAUUAUUCGAAACAUUACCUAUCUUCUUUGAUGCAUUUUCAUUGCUCUAUGAUAAUCCACUCAAAAAUCACAAUAUGUUGGAAGAAGAGUACAUGAACACAUACAUCCAUCCUGUUCUAAAGAAGGUUUUGAAUAGAGGUAACAAGGCUGUUCAAGCAUCUGCGUAUAGGAAACUAGUAAUGAGGCAAGAGGGAUGUGCAGAUCGUUCAGGCGGCCUUGCUUACAUUACGACAGAAAAACAAUAUGAAAUAUGUGUUAUAGAAGGAUAUAGACCAUAUGUCGUUGAUGACACGAAAGAAAUGUCUGAUUUUGUUCAGAAUGCGAGGGCAGGAAAAGAUAUAAUAAAUUACACUGUUGUGUCUGAAGUUAAAUUGAAGCGAGCUCCGCCUUUACAAUUUAAGGCCUAUAUGGUGCAGUGUAUUGGAUUAAGCCUUAGAUUUUACUUUAUGGAUUAUUUAGGAAAAUAUCGGCUUUUCGAAAUCGAAACAUGCGAAAUUCCAACGGACCUGGAAGGCGUUGAUUUAUUUCCAUCUUUUUUUAAGGCAGUUGUGACUUGGGCUUUGAUGGUUAGGGACACCGAUCAAGAGUUCCGAACGGUGAGAAACAGAAGGAGUGCGCGCUACAGUAACGCUCAUAAUUUGCGAGUUCUUUCAGAAAUAAGUCAUAACAAGCCUCGUACAGGCAAUGCAAAAAUCAUAAAGGAAAAAAAUAAUAUAAGCGGA